GUGGCCAUCACUAACGGAUGGCAUCUGCAGAAGUGAAAAGUUCCCGCUGUUCAUGGCCACUGGAAGAGGGUGGUGGUGACCUGGGACACUGAGGCUCUGCCUCUACCCCAGCUUUAAGAACAAGGGCUAGGCACUGUUUUUCUCUCCCCGCCCCGGAUCACCUGCUGGCAUGAGGUUUUUCCUCCAGUAUGUGGGCUGUUUUUUUGCCUUUUUCUCUACUGGGUUUUUGAUAACAUCUACCUGGACAGACUGCUGGAUGGUGAACGCUGAUGACUCCCUGGAGGUGAGUACAAAAUGCCGUGGCCUGUGGUGGGAAUGUGUCACAAAUGUUUUUGACGGGAUCCAAACUUGCGAUGAGUAUGACUCCAUCUUCGCCGAGCACCCUGUGAAACUGGUGCUGACCCGAGCCAUGAUGAUCACAGCAGAUAUCCUGGCAGGUUUUGGAUUUUUCUUCCUCGUCCUGGGACUGGACUGCAUGAAAUUCCUUCCCGAUGAGCCGCUCAUCAAGCUGCGCAUCUGCCUGGUGUCUGGAGUUACGUUGCUCAUUGCAGGUCUCCCAGGCAUUACUGGCUCGGUGUGGUAUGCCAUUGACGUCUACGUGGAGCGCUCCUCUCUGGUCUUCCACAACGUGUUUCUGGGCAUCCAGUACAAGUUUGGCUGGUCGUGCUGGCUCGGCAUGGCGGGGUCACUCGGCUGUUUCUUAUCUGGGGCCCUGCUCACCUGCUGCAUGUAUCUCUUCAGAGAGACCAGCUCUGGAAGACUCCACUCUGCUUACUCCUUGAGGAAAGGCUAUUCCUCAGCUGGGACAAUCGUAACAAACGUGCAUUUGCCAUCCUCUCAAACAGCUACUGCCAAAAUGUAUGCAGUGGACACAAGAGUGUGAAGAGGUGGUAAGUGCUCCAGAAAGAGUUCCACUUUUAUUUGUAGUGGAUUAUGCAAAGACCCAAGCUCCUGUGGUUGUGAUACAGAUGCAAAUUAAAUUUCAAGGAUGUACUAUAUGCUACAAUGUUUGCAUUAUGAGAGCUUCAAAAAAACCCUUCCUUCAAGAAAGUAAUCUCUGAGAAGAUCUUGCAUUAAGGAUUCCUGUUGUCUUGAGUGCUGAGGCCGCUUGCAUAAGCAUGGACUGAAAUAACCAACACAAACUUUUUCAGCAUUUGGCUCAACAGUAUCGGCACGAGUGAGAUAAAUCAGCCGCUCCUGGAUCAGACCCCAGCGUUCAGCAUGAAGAUCCCCAAACUGUAAGAUGGAUCUGUUCUGUGUCUGGCAAUGUGUCGACAGAAGGUACAAAGCAGAAAAUACAGGUUAAGAGAAGGACUGAUUGUCUGGCCAACAUCUGGACCCUGUGCACCCAGCAUGGGGGUCUACUCCUCUUAAAGGCAGCUGGAGAGUUCAGCAGAAGAUAAAGAGCUGUGUUAAAUGCCUGGCCUGCUCUUUGGCCCAUGGACCUCUGCACUGAGGAAACACUGCAAAUUCAGGUGCAUUCUUCCCUGCAAAUACAGUCCUUUCCAGUAAGUGUUAAAAUGUAUGGAUACUCUAGACUCACUGAGAUCUGGAAAUUGCCAGCUUCUUUCUGUUUAGUAAAAGUUUUGCCUGGACAAAGUGAAUGAAGGUCCAAGAUCUGGCUUUGUGCAUGACAAAAUGUCUAUACCAGCUAGAAACUAGGAUAAACGACAGUAAAAAU